UCGAGAUGAGCUAUGGGGGUGCCAGGAGGAGGUGGAGGUGGUAGCAGGGUGGCGGUGGCCAUUGCAGCAGCAGCUGCCUGCCUGUUGCUGCUGCAGCUGUGCGGUUGUGCGGCGGCGUUGCCCAUGAAGUCCGGCGGCGGCGGCGGCGCCAGGUACAAGGACCCGUCCCAGCCGCUCAACACGCGGAUAGACGACCUGCUCCGGCGGAUGACGCUCGCCGAGAAGAUCGGCCAGAUGUCGCAGAUCGAGCGCGAGAACGCCACCGCUGACGUCAUCAACAAGUACUUCAUAGGGAGCGUGCUGAGCGGUGGAGGCAGCGUGCCGGCGAAGAACGCCCCGCCGGAGGAGUGGGCGAAGAUGGUGAACGGCAUGCAGAGCGGCGCCCUGUCGACGCGCCUCGGGAUCCCCAUGCUCUACGGCAUCGACGCCGUCCACGGCCAUGGCAACGUCUACAGGGCCACCAUCUUCCCCCACAACGUCGGCCUCGGAUGCACCAGGGAUCCAGAGCUAGCAAAGAAGAUUGGAGCUGCAGUCGCACUGGAGGUUCGGGCCACCGGUAUCCCGUACGUCUUCGCUCCAUGCGUUGCGGUGUGCAGAGACCCUCGGUGGGGCCGGUGCUACGAGAGCUUCAGCGAGCACCCGGAGGUGGUGCAGAACAUGACCUCCAUCAUCUCGGGGUUCCAGGGCGAGAUCCCCGCCGGCGGCCGGCAGGGCGCGCCGUUCGUCGCCGGGCAGCGCAACGUGGCGGCGUGCUCCAAGCACUACGUCGGCGACGGCGGCACGACCAAGGGCAUCAACGAGAACAACACGGUGGCCACCUUCCACGAGCUGCUCAGCAUCCACAUGCCGCCCUACUACAACGCCGUCAUCCGGGGCGUCUCCACCGUCAUGAUCUCCUACUCGAGCUGGAACGGGGUCAAGAUGCACGCCAACCACUUCCUCAUCACCGACUUCCUCAAGAAGGAGCUCCGCUUCAGGGGUUUUGUGAUCUCGGACUGGCAAGGGCUUGACAGAAUCACCACCCCUGAUCAUGCUGACUACCUUCUGUCCAUCAAGCUGGGGAUCCUCGCCGGCAUUGACAUGAUCAUGAUCCCGUACACGUACACGGAGUUCAUCGACGACCUCACCUUGCUGGUGCAGAACGGCACCAUCCCGAUGAGCCGGAUCGACGACGCCGUCCGCCGGAUCCUCCGCGUCAAGUUCACCAUGGGCCUCUUCGAGAACCCCUACGCCGACCCUAGCCUCGCCGGCGAGCUCGGCAAGCAGGAGCACCGCGACCUUGCACGAGAAGCCGUGCGCAAGUCCCUCGUCCUGGUCAAGAACGGCAAGCCCGGGGACAAGCCGCUCCUGCCGCUGCCCAAGAAGGCCCACGGCAGCGUCCUCGUCGCCGGCAGCCACGCCGACGACCUCGGCAGCCAGUGCGGCGGCUGGACCAUCACCUGGCAGGGCCUCACGGGGAACAACCUCACCGCCGGGACCACCAUCCUCGACGGCAUCAAGCGCGCCGUCGACCCCGGCACUGACGUCGUCUACUCAGAGAACCCUGACGCCGGCUUCAUCCAGCAGAACAAGGCCCGGUUCGACUACGCCAUCGUCGUCGUCGGCGAGCCACCGUACGCCGAGCAGUUCGGCGACAACCUGAACCUGACCAUCCCGGAGCCCGGCCCGGCCAUCAUCCAGAACGUGUGCGGCAGCGGCAUCAGGUGCGUCGUGGUGCUCGUCUCCGGGCGGCCGCUGGUGGUGGAGCCGUACAUCGACGCCAUGGACGCGCUGGUGGCGGCGUGGCUGCCGGGGACGGAGGGGCAGGGCGUCGCCGACGUGCUGUUCGGCGACUACGGGUUCACCGGGAAGCUGUCGCGGACGUGGUUCCGGUCGGUGGAGCAGCUGCCCAUGAACGUCGGCGACGCGCACUACGAUCCAUUGUUCCCGUUUGGGUUCGGGCUCGAGACACAGCCGUCGUCAUAUUAG